AUGGUCAAGACACUUCCCUUUGGUGAUAUCCAAGUCCCAUCGCCGGGCUUCGGCGCGAUGGGUCUGAGCUUUGGCUUGGGCAGUAACCUAAGUUUUGAGGAAGCUGAGCCGGUUCUCCUGAAGGCAAUCGAGCUGGGAUGCACUUUCUGGGACACUGCUGUGGUCUAUCAAGCCGGUGUGAACGAAAAGCUGCUGGGUGACUUUAUCAGGAAGCACAAUGUCCGCGACAAAAUUUUCAUCGCCUCGAAAUGUGGGUUCAAUGUUUUCAACGGUGAUCGUUCCGUCACCAACUCUGCCUCCCACAUCAAGGAGUACAUCGAAGGAACCAUUGAAAGACUGGGAUUCACUCCUGAUCUGUAUUAUCUGCACCGGAUUGAUCCUAAUACCCCUCUUGAAGAGUCCAUCCCCGCUCUUGAUGAGAUUCGCAAGGCUGGGAAGACCAAGUACAUUGGUCUCUCAGAAUGCUCUGCAAAGACAUUGCGCAGAGCUAACUCAAUUGCCAAAAUUGAUGCCGUCCAGGCUGAAUACUCAGCCUUUGAGACAUUGCACGAGACAGACGACCUGAUUAGCUCCUGCAAGGAGCUGGGAGUCGCCUAUGUUGCUUAUAGUCCCUUGGGACACGGCUGGCUUGUAGAUAAGUUCGACUACCAGUCUCCUAAUGACUUUGCCCCAGAUGAUUUCCGGCGGAAUUCCCCCAAAUUCCAGGGCGAGAAUUUUUAUAAAAACAAGGCAAUUGUCGAAGAGAUUAGGAAGCUCGCUUUCCAAAAAGGCACCACCGUCAGCCAGAUCGCACUUGCCUGGGUUGCGUCUCAGGGAAUGAUUGCUAUUCCAGGCACAACCAAGGCAUCGCGACUAGAGGAGAACUGGGCAUCUCGGGACGUUGAGUUAACUGAAGAGGACAAGCAGGAGAUGCGCAAGAUUAUCGAUGCUGCUAAGCCACAUGGCAACAGAUAUGCGCCUGCACAGCAAGCUAUGGUUGGCCAUUAA